AUGUUUAAAAUUUUAUCAUCGCGAACACCAUUUCUUAAAUUGAUUAAUACCGUAAAAUUUUAUUCUAUUACCAUGUCAAAAAAAUCAGCAUUAGUUUUAUUAUCUGAAGGUAGUGAAGAAAUGGAAUUUGUCAUUUCCGUAGAUGUUCUCAGAAGAGCAGGCAUAAAUGUUACUGUGGCCGGUGUUCAAGGAAAUGGUGUUCAUGAUUGCUCGAGACAAGUAAAAAUAAUGCCAGAUUUAAGUUUGGAAGAAGCGAUUAGCAAAUCACAAUAUGAUGUUAUUGUUCUACCAGGAGGAUUAAAAGGAUCGGAAACAUUUGCUAAAAGUUUGCAAGUAGGAAAAUUAUUAAAAGAUCAAGAGGAAUCUGGAAAAAUGAUUGCGGCUAUCUGUGCUGCUCCUACCGCUUUAAAAGCUCAUCAAAUAUGUUUAGGAAAAAAAAUUACUAGUUAUCCAUCAACUGAGACUGCUCUAAUGGAAGGUCAACAGUAUAAUUAUUUGCAAGAUAAAGUCGUUGUCGAUGGUAAUUUAAUUACAAGUCGUGGACCUGGUACUGCCUUUGAUUUCGCUUUAUCUAUAGUUGAAAAUUUAGUUGGAAAAGAUGUUGCCGAUACAGUGUCAAAACAACUUCUUCUAUAG